AUUUCAGCAGGGUGCACCACAGUAUGUCUUCCCUAUCACAGCUGAAAGAACUCUUCCGUAGGGCAGAUGCAGUCUGCUUUGAUGUGGAUAGCACGUUAUUAAGGAAGAAGGCAUAGAUGAGCUGGCAAAGUUCUGUGGUGUUGGAGAUGCAGUGGCAGAGAUGACUCGCAAAGCAAUGGGAGGAUCGCUUACAUUUAAAGCUGCUCUAACUGAAAGACUUGCUUUAAUUCGUCCAUCAAGGGAACAAGUGCAAGCUUUGAUUACCGAACAUCCUCCAAGACUGACUGAGGGAAUAAAGAAUCUGGUUCACCGCCUGCAUGAAAGAAACGUACAGGUCUUCCUGAUAUCAGGAGGAUUUCAGAGCAUUGUGGAGCAUGUAGCUGCAGAGAUGGACAUCCCUAUGAGUAAUGUUUAUGCCAACAGACUCAAGUUCUACUUCAAUGGUGACUAUGCUGGGUUUGAUGAAACACAGCUUACUGCAGAAUCUGGUGGUAAAGGAAAAGUCAUUGGUCUUCUAAAGGAAAAGUAUGGCUUUCGCAAUGUAGUUAUGAUUGGAGAUGGUGCUACAGAUAUGGAAGCAUGUCCCCCUGCUGAUGGUUUCAUUGGAUUUGGAGGCAAUGUGAUCAGGCAACAAGUCAAGGAAAAGGCCAAGUGGUAUAUUACAGACUUUGAAGAACUUCUCAGGGAACUGGACAGUGACAGUAUCAAAAUGAAUCAUAAUGAUAUAAUUUACUAA